AUGGUAGUGAACGGGAGGCCGAUGAAGCGGGUGAAGAGGCGAGUUACGGCAGAUCUCAGCGACUUCUUCACGUUCCCCAUCGGCGGUGAAGUGGCACCCGGUGGUCCCUUCAGAACCAGAGUGAAGGAGUUCCUGCAAAAGAACGCGCUCCUCCCGCCUCCUUCAUCGCUCUUCCCUCACCUGCUUACGUGGCAGGUACUAUUCCGCGUCGGCAACAUCGUCGACGACGAUGGUGCACCGUCAGUCGUGUGCCUCGACGUCGUGGAAGAGGACGUAGCCAGUUCCAGAUCCGUGUACUGUGACCAGUGUAGAGUCGUUGGGUGGAGUAGUAAUCCAGUCAGUGCAAAGCGUUACCAUUUCAUAAUAAAGGCCGAUGGCAAUUCAAUUGGCGGCUACAACAAGACAUGUGCAGGCUGUGGUGAUGCGCUCCAUAUGGCUGAUUCCAGGUGCAAGACAUGCAAUCAUGUGAUGACUACAGAAGAUGUUGAAGACUGGAUGUAUCACCAGUUAGAGGACACUACCCAUCUAUUACAUGGUGUGGUUCAUGCCAAUGGUUAUGGUCAUCUUCUAAGAGUCAACGGCAGGGAAGGUGGCUCUAAAGUGCUUUCUGGACGUCAUAUAAUGAGCUUUUGGGAUCGGCUAUGCACAACACUUGGAGUCAGGAAGAUCAGUGUGAUGGAUGUGUCAAAGAAGCAUGGGUUGGAGUUGCGACUACUUCAUGCCAUCACCAGAGGGCACCCAUGCUUUCAAUCCCAAGGGCGGAAACCUCGAACAAUCUUGCAGGAUUUGAUAUCAUUUUAUCAGUCCUUAUCGGAACGUGAGCUUGUGAAUACUAGAGAUCUUUUCUGUUUUUUGAUGAGUUUGAUCCAUGAUGUCCAAAAUUCUCCUUUGAAAGUUGAUGAUCCUCCUUGCAAGAAAAGUCGCUCUGGUGACUCUAGAGUAUUGUGCGCGUGGACUAUUAAAGAUAUAGCACGUAUUGAAGAAGCUAUGAUCAAGGUGUUGCGUGCUGUUACUGGGUCCACCUGGGUGCGUUGGCGUGCUCUUAGAGGGGCGGUUUGCAAAUUGGGCCCCCCUGAGCUUCUGGAUUACUGCCUCAGAGAGCUCAAGGGUAAGCAGACAGCUGAGGGAAUGUUUGUCAAUGCCCGUUGCGCAUCUGAUUCUGGUGCAACGGAAUACAGACUUGAGCCUAGAAGUGUGCCCAUGUAUAUAAAUUCCACCUCCAACAGUCCCUCUAUGAGAAACUAUCCUUCUAAGGAGCAUCUUCUGAGGGAUCUGAAAUACUUGUAUGCAGGCAUGCUUCACCCCGAGUCAAUGAAAAGCCACUUUCCUCCGCCAAAAAGAGAUCUCGCAGUCAACUCUGCUACAGCUAUUCUGGAUUGCAAACAGUUUGUGAAAGAUUAUAACCCAGAGAAAUUGUUAUUAUGCUCUAGACCGAAUGUGAUACAGCUACUGUGUGAGGUGGAUCUCACAGAACAAUUUGAAGAGCACAGCCCAAAUCCACCUCCGGAGAUACUCACACUGCCUCUUGAUGCCACCAUUGCUGAUCUGAAGAUGGAAGCAAUGAAAGCUUUUCAGGAGGUAUACGUUAUGUUCAGGAGAUUUCAGGCUGAAGAGUUGAUUGGCUAUGGAGGUGUUGAUGAAUCCACCCAAGUCAAGCUCUUAUUAGGUUCAACUGAAUUUGUCCGAAUUCGAGGAAGGUUUCUGGGGAAAAACAGUCUGUGUAGGUUUAAAACGGAGAGGGGGUUGGAGAGAUGGACUGUGGAUUGCUGUUGUGGAGCUAAGGAUGAUGAUGGGGAGAGAAUGCUGGCCUGUGAUGUAUGUGGUGUGUGGCAGCACACUAGAUGUUGUGGCAUUCCGGACUCUGAAGCUGUUCCAACCAAGUUCUUUUGUAACCGAUGUAGAGGAGGCCUGAAAAUAAGUGGGCAUCUCAAGGAUGAGAUGGUGGAUUCUGUUUGCAAGAGUUUGACUAACCAAAUCUAA